CUCAGUUUUGUAUAUGAAACGUGCUAUGUAUAUAUCACAUCAAACAAUAAAAUCAGUAUUUGCCGCAGAUUGAAUCCAAUCAUUCAGUUACCAAUAAACUUCAGCCAUGGCAGGAGAAUGUUGCACAAAUGGACCGGGAUACGCCUCACCCUUAGAGGCUAUGAAAGGGCCCAAGGAAAAAUUAUUAUAUGUAGUUUGUGUUCAACCAAAUAAAGAUCAUGAACAAGGUGACUAUUUGGCUACUAUAGAUGUGGACCCAGAGAGCCAAACUUAUCAACAGGUAAUACACCGCACUUUCACAAAUAACAAAGAUGAUGAGUUGCACCACAGUGGAUGGAACAUAUGUUCUAGUUGCCAUACCGGAUCCUUGAAAAAUGGUGUUCGAGACAAACUCAUUUUGCCAUGUUUACAUUCCAAUAAUAUCUAUAUUGUUGAUACGGGUAAAAAUCCAAGAAAGCCUGAAAUCGUUAAAGUUGUAGAAGGAAAAUCAAUGCUUAAACAUGAUGUUAGUACACCUCAUACGACUCAUUGCCUUGCUUCUGGAGAAGUUAUGAUUUCUACAUUAGGAGACAGAAAUGACGGAAAUAAAGGAGAUUUCUUUUUGUUAGAUGGCAAAACGUUUGAUGUUAAAGGAACUUGGACUAAAGGCGAGAAAAAAGCGUCGUUUGGAUAUGAUUUUUGGUAUCAACCUUAUUGGGAUACAAUGGUUUCUACUGAAUGGGGUACUCCAAAAGUGUUCAAAAGGGGAUUUAGAAAAGAAGAUCCUGGAAACCCUAUGGUGUACGGAACCAGUUUAAAUAUAUAUUCAUGGUCAGAAAGAAAACUAAAACAAGUAAUUAAUCUUGGCACAGAAGGAACAGCACCAUUAGAAGUGAGAUUUCUACAUAAUCCUAAAGCUGAUGAAGGAUUUGUAGGAUGCGCCAUUUACUCAAAUGUGUAUAGAUUCUUUAGAAAGUCUGACAAUACAUGGGGUACUGAGAAAGUGAUUAGCAUACCACCUAAAAAAGUUGAGGGAUGGGUUGCUCCCGUUAUAACUGGUAUCAUAUCAGAUAUUUUAAUUUCACUCGAUGAUAAAUAUCUAUACAUUAACAACUGGCUCCAAGGAGAUGUCCGCCAAUAUGAUAUUACAGACACAAGAAAUCCGAAAUUAACUGGCAAAGUUCAGCUUGGAGGAGUUAUUGUUAAAGGAUCAGGUGUUAAGCUUAUUGAUGAUGAAGAAUUUCCUGAACAGCCUGAGCCUACGAUAGUAAAAGGCCGGCGCCUAUUCGGAGGACCACAAAUGCUCCAACUUUCUUUAGAUGGCAAAAGAUUGUAUGUCAGUACAAGUUUAUACUCGAUUUGGGAUAAACAAUUUUAUCCUGAAAUGGUUAAGAAUGGUGGCACCAUGGUGAAAAUAGAUUGUUUGGAAGGAGGUGGCAUGAAAUUGGAUGAAAACUUCUUGGUUGAUUUUGGAAAAGAACCUAACGGUCCGGUUUUGGCGCAUGAAAUGAGGUAUCCUGGGGGAGAUUGCACUUCCGACAUUUGGUUAGCUAAAGAUUAAGGACCA